AUGCCUUUAUUUUUAAGAGAAGAAACACAGGACCGAGGGUCAUUUGGGAAGCUUGUGGACUGGCAGCAAUGUACUCCCUGGCACUGGUUGCGUGUGUAGUUGCUGUGAGCCACUGUGCUCUUGCAGGGAAAGUCUGUCCCAGGCCACCAGAAGUGCUAUUUGCCACAAUUGAUGUAAACAAAAACGUGUAUGAAGUGGGUGAGGAAAUAGAAUAUACCUGUAGGCCCGGGUUCGUCCCCAAUAACGGCCAAAGGAAGUACACCUGCCUGCCAACUGGCAAGUGGCCUCUCAAUACGCUGCUCUGCCUACCAAAGAGAUGUCCCAGUCCUGGACCCUUGCAGCACGGAAAAAUGGAUUUUCUAGACCUCCGCUAUCAGAGUUCUAUAAGUUUUUCAUGUGACCCAGGUUACAACCUUGUUGGGACAAGAACGAGCCAAUGCAUGGCAGAUGGAAAGUGGAGUGGAACUUUUCCACAGUGUGAACCGGUGACUUGUGCACCUCCCUCGCUUCCUGAAUUUGGAGUCCUUUCUUACCGUCGCUUAAAACCUGGAAAUAUUUCACAUUUCCUGGACACAAUUAUUUUUGAAUGUGUACCUCCUCUUGCACUUAUUGGGAAUGAGACAGCUACUUGCAUGGCCAAUGGCAACUGGAGCAGCAUUCCAGAAUGCAAGGUUGUCACAUGCCCCACUCCAACAGGAAUAGAAAAUGGAUUCAUAGAGUUUGCUGUUCGUAGAACAUACCACUAUAAUGAAAGUGUCAGCUUUGGCUGCCAGUCCAGCUAUGUGCUGGAUGGACCUAAGCAUUCCCGCUGUGAAAAGGAUGGAAACUGGUCCACAAAGCCAACCUGUAAAGGACCAUGUAAAAUACCAGUUAAGAAAGCUGUAGUAUUAUACAACGGCGAGAAGAAAAGAGUUCAGAAUGAUCUUAAGGAAGGCAUUCAGCAUGGUGAAACUAUAUCCUUCUUCUGCAAGAAUAAAGAAAAAUCCUGUGCCUAUACUGUAGCUGUUCCAUGUGUGGAUGGCAACCUUACUCUCCCUGCCUGUUUCAAAGAACGUGGCUUUUUCUCAUCUCUUGUGAAGAAGGACCCAUCAGACAUGAAACCAUGUGAAGACCAAGAAUGAAUCAGAGAAAUAAUUCAGUACAAAAUUUCUGCCUUACUGAAGCAAAACGUUACAUAUAAGAGAGGAAAAUUGUGAGUGUAAAUUUCCAGGCGAACUCUGGACUCUGGGAAUGCAGUCUCAGCUGUUUUCCCUACUGCCAUCCCUACCAGGCUGUUUCACAAGCUAUGACACAUUAUUUCAGCCGUUAACUUACAUCCUUUUUUGUCUGCUUUCUUCAAAAUCCCUGCAAUACAGCUUCUCUUUCCAUAUUUCCGACAUCUAUGCAACUACAAAUGACUUUCUCAAUAGCAGUCCCUUUACAAUAAAGUAAUUUUCAGCCAA